AUGUGCCGUUGGUCUACGGCCUUGUAUACCUGCGGUCACCGCUCUCCACCGGUGCGAGUGGAAGAAGAAUCGUGCGAGGACAGCUUAAGCUGUCUCUAUGACGGCUCAGAUGCGGUCUUUAAAGUUUCCUACCAGUGUCGGCUGUGCGAUCCAUGGGAGGGCCCGCCAUCACCACAACGCCAACCGGCAGCAGCAGUGGAAGUAGCCGUGACAGCGACACCAAGACCAACAACUGCAACAAAAUCAAAGCAAAAGUCGAUAGCAAUACUCUCGCCACCUAGACGGAGAAGAGGACUUGGAAAAGCAAUCAAAAGGGGUUUUAGAAAAACGCGCAUGUGUAUAUGCCAAACCAAAAGAACAAGCUCAGGGAUGAGCACGAGAGUGUCUGCUGACGGUCAUUCCAAAGAAGGUUCAAUAAUCACACCCACAUCCCCAGAAAUUCCCACUUUCUUUUGA